AUGACGACCGACCUGGAGAAGCCACUACCUGAGCUAUGCCAGGAUGCCUCGCAUCCCCCGACAGCCCAGUAUUCGCUGGCUGAGGUACCUAAACGGAAGCCCGUCCCUACCGCUCACGAUGCACCAGGUGCAACCGAGAACGCGCCAAAAGCGUAUGCUUCAAAUCCUCCCACUAGGCUGACCUGGUGGAACUGGAGUCAUUUUCCUAGAAGGAAGCGUCUUAUCAUCAUCGGCGCUGCCAUCGCUGUGGUCUGUCUGUUGGCGCUGAUCAUCGGUCUCGCGGUGGGAUUGACCAAGGGGAAGGGUCACUCCAAUCUGCCCUUACCUACUUCUCAUGGUGGCCCGUACCAGGGAGAUAUGACCUACUACAACCCCAGCCUGGGCUCAUGCGGCAUCAUCAACACGGACUCUGACUUGAUCUGCGCGGUCUCGCAUGUCCUCUUUGACGCUGCUUCCACAGGAACGAAUCCGAACGCAAACCCACUGUGCGGGCUCAAAGUGAGAUUGCGCCGAGGUGAAACGAGUGUAGAUGUCAAGGUUGUGGAUCGAUGUGUGGGUUGCAAAGUGGAUGAUCUGGAUGUUUCCCCCGCGGUCUUCCAGAAACUCGCCGAUCCGGAUCUGGGUCGGGUGCUGAUAGAUUGGUCCUGGUUGGAGAACUCGCCUGUGGCGAAGUCGCAGUCGUGA